AUGGCGACAAGUGUGUUCGCGCUUUUGACUCUCCCCAACACAUCCAAGGGACUCACAGCAUUGCAACCCACCGUGGUAGAUGCGGUUAAUAUCGUCGGGUCCGCAUCUCCCCGUCGCAAAGUUGCUCGUUUGGCCACCGACUCUGAUUCCGCCUCUGCUUCCAGAUCACGACCCGCAACGAUUCAUAAGCCAGGCGCGUCUAUCAGGAUACGUAUUCUCGAUAGCGACGGCACCUGGGACAAAAAAUCAGACUCAACGGAGCAGUUUGGUUUAGUACGACGAUGUAUCAAAAUAUCGUUGACACGAGCGGGCUUCGAUAUGCUCCCUGCCACUUACGAGCGCAUAUUUUCGACUUGCCGAGCGCUAGUUGUUGACUACAAGCGCGGCGAAGAUCUCUAUGGCGCGUUGAAGCUCGAAGUCGAGCAAAGUCUAACUGCCUUGGCCGGGAUUAUGAUUGAGGAACCAAAGGAGGAGAUCGACUGGCUAGCGGAUUUCGCGAAGCAUUGUGAGUGGUUUGAAUCGCAAAUCGCACUCAUUGAAUCACUUUUGACGUACCUUGACCAGGUUUAUGUCGUCAACGAACAUAGGGCUAUCCCUAUUCACGAACUGGUAUUCAGCUUGUUCACGCAGAGAAUCUUUGAGAAUCCCCGAAUCGCGGAGCGGCUGCGUUCAGGCAUAUCGAAGUGGGUCGUGGCGGAACGCAACUUAAGAAUCCCACACAGCAAGCGAAAAAAUGUCGAAGAAGUCAUCAAGCAUCUCAUCAUUCACAGUCAAUACUCGUCUUUUGAGGAAUACUACAUUCAGUUCACUCGGUCGUACUACCAAGCCGAUUCAGCGGACUGCGCCACAGAACUCAGUGGGGACCCACAAGGUUUCUUCAAGCAUAUCAUGACGCGCAUUCAGGAGGAGACGGAGCGUUCCAAGGCAAUCUUAGUGGUCGGCAGUUGGGGCCUUGUGAGGGAGGCUACGGAAAAGGCUUUGUUGGAUAAUAGAUCGAAGUGGAUUGCUUUUGAGAGCUCCUAUAUGACGGCUGGCGACUUGACGACACUGUUCAUCCUGUUUUAUAUUCAACAGAUUUUUGAGUUGCACGUUCCUCAACACUCUCCACUAGCACGUCAACUCAAAGCCAUCCAAGUGGUGAUAAAGCUCAUCAGGGACAUUUCAUCCGGCACGGCAUCACAAGGAGUCAACUUUUGGAUGAGCCUCGAAUGGGCGUUGGAAGGCAUGGAGGCGCAGUCGAGGAGCGAGGAAGUGAGGAAUGCCAUGGAUGCAUCGAAGAAUGCGAAGACAUCCCAAGCCACUGUUGGUUUUAUCGCAGAUACCAGGUUGAAGGAUUUUACAAAUAUCGUCCGCAAGUGCAACCGACUAAUGAAAUACUUUCCGCUAAACAAUCUCUUCUCCUCUACGACCUCGACAAGAAUCUCAUUGGACGACGUCCUUCUGCCGAUCUUAACAUCUCACCGGCUUGCAUGCACACCUUACCCCACCUUCAAACGUCUCCUCACACAAACGACGGCUGGACUUGGAGGAGAAGGAGGGGUUGGAGGGGAUAUGGAUAUGGAGGAGGUUAAAGGAGAGUUAUCAGGUCGUUGA